AUGAUCAAGAAAAAACCUUAAAUCCCUCAAAUUAAGGACUAAGAACUCAUCGAUAAAAAUCAAUCCAAAAAAUAGAUGAGAACUAUACCAUAUUCCCAUAGCCAAUCCAUUUAAGAAGAGGAAGAACAUUCCUCAUUGUCUCAGAUAAACAUCUAUGGCCACUCCAAGCCUACUUUUUUAAUGACAUUUCCUCAGUAACCAAGAGACUUUUAAGGAAGCGAAGACUUAAGAGCCCCUACUAUUAUAACCAAUUUGAUAUCCAAUAAAAGUCAAGAGCAAGUUGCUAUUAAAUAGGAUUGUCGAAAAUAACAUUAAGUUCAUUACUUAGAUGAAAGUUCCUAAUUUUCUUCCCAGCUAAAUUCAGUAUAAUUUUAAAGAUAGUUUAUUUCUAGAUGCGUUCAAUUUUGGAAAAUAAAAAAUCUAUGUAAAUCAAUUAGGAUAGGGUAAAAUUAUUGGUUAAUCAUAUGAAAGUUAAAUUUUUGAAUUUAAUUCACUAUUCAAAAUAUAAUGAUCCCAUCCUUACCCAAGAAUAUCAAGAACGUAAUACUGAAUUUAUACUCUAUCUUAGUUUCACCCCUCAAGUACCAUUACUUCACUAUGUAUAUAUUUCUAUCCACUACCUUAUCGAAUAUCCUUUCAUGCAUUUUCAUUCCAAUUGCUUAAUUUUUUGAUGUCUCAAAAAUCAUAAACAUCAUCUCUUAUAUGACCUAUGGAUUGGCAUGUCUAACUAUUUGCCAAGACCUUCUGUUUUAAAGAGGCCCGUAUAAAUUGUCAAGGGGAAUCAUUAAAGUCAAUUACAAGGAUAACACAAAGAAAAUAUUCGAUAUAUUAAGACUUGCCCUAUUGUCGAUAAGCAGUCUAUUUGAAAUAGAUAACAGAGCAAAACUAGUAGCGAUCUUAUUGAUGAUGCUAUUCUAAUUCUUUAGGUAAGUGGAAAAUUUUGAAAAUAUCUAUAAGUCCACUCACCAUUUUAUUUUUGUGUUCUAACUGUGGGUGUCUAUAGUAGUUUCUUUUGCUUGUAUUUAUCAAGGUAUACAUAUAAAACAAUAAGAGUUUCUCACUGCGAGGAGGAUCCAAGUCUUUACUUUUGUAUUACUUUUGCUAUUUCCCUGUUGACCCAUUGUUCGAAUAUAUGUAAAAUAGACAUUAGCAUUUUAGCCAUUGAAAUAACUAGUUAAAAUUCAUUAGUGAUAUCUAUUUAUAUGGUUCUGUCCUACCUUUGUUUAGCAUACACAACAAUGAUCAUCUAUAUUUGGAUUAAGCCAGAUAUAGAGAUUGAAGAGGAGAAACAGAAACUACUCAAAGGGUUUGUUGAAAGAUUUAGGGAGAAAUGUGAAAAUGAUGGACUUUUAAAAAGAUGUUACUCGUAUUUAGAAUUCAGAAUAGAUGUAAAUAAGAUUGUAAAUGUUUUAGGAAGAUUUAAACAAGACGAAAGAUCAACUAACUAAGAAGCUGAGUCCUGAAUUGGAGGAUGAGAUCGAUUUGUCUUUAAGAUCAACUAUGAUUGAUAAGAUCGAAUUGAUGAAUAGAUUCUCUCCUUAGUUCAAAUAAUAAUUGCUUUAUGAAAUUGAAUAAGUGACCUUUAAUCCAGAAGACAACAUCAUAAUUGUACAAAUAAUAAGUAUUUUAAGGAACAUCAAAUAGAGGAUUUGGGAUUGUUUUAUAUAUUAAAAGGAUAAGUUAAGGUUUAAUUUUAAGGUUCUUCCUUUGGUACGAAUAAAAGAGCAGUAACAACAUUAUGUGAAGGAUAAACUUUUGGAUAAUAUUCUUUUAUUACAGGGAUCCCUUCUAACAUUAGUAUUUUCAGUUCAGGAGUCACCACAUUGAUGAAAAUAAAGAGAUCUGAUUUCACUUCAAUAAUAUCGAAUUAUCCAAAAGACAAUGAAAUAUUUUGCACAAUGAAAGAUAAUGCGUUUUAUAAUUCAAAGUUAUUUGAAUGCUAUUAUUGUAAAAUCAGAGGACAUUACGUAGUAGAAUGUAGACAUUUAUAAUAUUUUCCUUAAAGAAUAAAUGCAAUUGAAAAACAUUUAUACACAGAAAAAUAACAAAGAAGAAAAUUUUCAAGGAGGUUAAGAAAAUAUUUUGCUUGGCAAGAUAUGAGUUUGAAUCAGGAUAAGGCCAGAUAAUAUGCUAAUCGAUAGAGUUAAGAAUAGGUCUCAGAUGAUUUGCCUGAAACUUCCCAGUUGCCCUAUUCUGAAAGUAAAUUGUACAAAUUAACUAGAUUAAACACAUUAAUCAGUGAGUUUUGUAAGCAAUUCUUUGGCAUAGAAAAAUUAUAGUCCUGAUCAAUAACAAUCAGCUAGCAAUGUAAACGUAGAGAGCUUAGACCAAUUUAAUAUCGAAUAAGAAUGUCAAGAUGAAUAAACAAUCCCAAUAUAAGAGCAAUAAGUAAAAAGUAUUAGAAAGAAUUCGAAUAAAACCACCUUAAAAACUGCAGGAUUCCCUAUUAAUUUUGACCCCAACAACAUCACAAAUUUAGGGAACAAUUUAUCAGUUAUAGAAAAAGAUGAUAGAGAUAUCCUGAAUUAACUAUAGGAGGCUCAAAUGAGUAAAGAUAGAACCGUACUCUUUCCUGCAGGGAGAAACAAUAAUUAGAACAAACUAACAUUUCAGUAUUAUAAAGAAGCCUCAUCAGGAAUCCUACUAAAAGAAGAUCCAAUUAUGACUGAUUCUUAUCAGUAAUAACAAAUACAACAGCAAUAGUAAUAGCAGUUCACGUAAUUAACUCAUAAUACGUUAAAAUAAUCCAUAAGAUAACCUUCAAAUAGAUCGUAUACUUAUUCAAAUUCAUUGUCUAAAGAUAUCUCUAACAAUCCUUCAUCGAAUUCCAGAUAAAAUAAAUCAUAGAAAUUAUCCAUUUUAUCUAGUCAAAACAGAGUUGUGGAUUAACAAGGGGUUAAGAAAAUCAAUAGUUCAAAGUCCCUCAGUGAAUAAAAUAAAUUAAACAACAAUAAGAGCCUAAAAUCAGGUACCAAAUAGAGUACUCCAAAUUAAAUGUCCUAGUUCUAAGCGUUAACAGCUCCAGAGGUAAUAUUAAUUCUUAGAAUAGAACCAAGGGUACUUUAUUAAUGAUGUUUUAUUCAACAAAUUCGAAAAAAUGCAGGAGUACAAAAUUUACUAUCCUCACAACAACUAUAAUCAAGUUAUUGAUCGCUAUGUUAAAUUUUUGGAUUCAAACAGAAAAAACUAUUUCAAAAGGAAAAAGUUAACUUCUGGUACUCCUUAUUCGAUAAAAUGUUUUGUUGCAUCCAAAAUUAAAAGAGUAAAAAAGCUAUUAUAAAACUGA